GUUGGCUGGCUGUCUCCAGACCAUGCCGGUUCCCACCAUGAAGGCCGUCAUGUCCAACAUGGUGCCGCAAACACAACAGGGCAGCCUGUUUGCCCUUAUUGCCUGUAUGGAGAGCCUGGCCGGGGUGUUUUUUAUCCCCGUGUGGAACAGUGUGUUUGGAACAACCGUGUUCUUCAUGCCGGGGCUGGUGUUCCUGUGCUUCGCUGGGACACUCAUCAUCCAGUCUGCGCUCAUUAGUGUUGUGCAGUGCCACAAGCGGCCGACUACCUACGAAGUCUUGGAGGACGAUAACGAUCAUAUCAACUAAUGAAGCAAAUCUGUGCCUAAAUGAUAAAUAUAUAAAAUGAUAAUUAUCUUACACCACAGAUGAAGAAAACGUUAAUGGAUGAAGAAAAGGUACACAUGGGAAAACUAAGGGAUAGAAAAUAAAAUAUGAUAUAAAUAUGAAUGAUAUAGUUGAUAUAACAAUAUAUUGAAU